AUUCUUGAUGAGACUGUACGACAAAGAGAGUCUCAAUUUCUCUGUCUCACACUUGAGUUCUCACUGAAGAUUUUCCCGCCGGAAACAGGAUGAUUGUUCCCAUAACCAGAAUAAAUGACAAAUGGACGCAGUAUGUGAUUGUCGAGCUGCAGGGGGACCUGGAGGCAGCAUCCUCGGACCCAGAGAGUGGCCAGUUUCUGGGGGAUCUUCAUUAUAACGAGACUGGAACCCCCAUAAUGAUCCUGGGAAUGCACGUGCUGCAUGGGAAGGAGACAACUCUGGCAAAACCCAUGGCGAUAUUGGAACAGAAUAAGCUGGAGGGAUCGGAGCUGCAGUACCUCGUCAAGGCCAUCAUCACGAAGAAGGUGACAUUUCGAGGAAGGCCGAAGCCCAUCGUCACCGACGUCCCCUUGACCAACUAGUCAAUCACUUCAUUGAAUCACGGAAUAAUGAUCACAAAUUAUUUCAGUGGCCACCAGAUAACGUCGGGUUUUCGAACAAUAUCCCCAAAUCUAAGAGAGAUAGCGAAAUUUUGAUCUGUACCAAAUUUGCGGAGGGGAAAAAGACCCGCCAAAAAGGUUUUAACAAAAAUUUUUCUAUCUCUUCUAGAUUCAAAGGUAUUGCGCGAAAACUUUCAGAAACUGUCUUAUUAGCCACAACGAGUGGUUCACGUCUUAUUUCGGGAUAAAUUAUUUAUGGAGAUGAGAAUAACAGAUUAACAAAUUGUUUUACUACUGAUGAGUAACCAAGAGGAGAAUAAUAGAUUUACGAAUUAUUUUAUUAGAAA